AUGGCAAAGUUAGGACCGUGGAUGUUGGUACUAAUACACAUAGUGCUUAUCGCGUCGAGUGGGCAGGAGCAUUUAGCCGUAGCUGAUGCCAGUGUGGAAGUGGACUACACGAACAUCGCGGGAGAGGCCGAAAUGAACAAACAAGAUAUACUCACGUUCUUAAAUCAGACGCACAUACAAGCUCAGUAUAAAGAACUGUAUGAUUCGCUGCUCAACAAACUUAUAGAUCCUUCCAAGCAGAAUAGAAGGGGGUCGACUAGACGUAUAGUAUCCGGUCGCAACACGUCAAUAGCAGCUGUGCCGUGGCAGGUGUCCUUGCGUGAAAGGACCUACCCUAUCUGCGGGGGCUCUGUUGUCACCGACCUGUGGCUACUCAGCGCUGCGCACUGUCUACUUAGAGCCCGUGCUUCAGACUUAAGCGUACGAUUAGGAUCAUCAUGGAAAACCCACGGCGGAGAAAUGUAUGACGUGAAGAACAGCUACGUACACCCGCGGUACAUCAGCAAAACCAAAGCACAUGACGUAGGGCUUGUGGAGCUGUACUCGCCCCUCCGAUUCUCCGCCAGGAUACUGCCCAUCCGGCUGGUUGCGAAGCGUACUAGGUUGAAAGCCAGCCAGCCAGCUAUUGUUUCUGGUUGGGGUAAACUUAAGGAAGGAGGUCCAAGCGCGACGUACCUACAGUCGACGACGAUCGAAACGAUCGCGAUGAAACUGUGCAAGCGCUCCGGCUUGGACCGCAAGGCCAUCGAUCCAGCGACUAUGUUCUGUGCUGGCUCUUUCUCGCAACCAUCGCCUGAUGCAUGCCAGGGUGACAGUGGAGGUCCAAUCGUGUUCGAAGGAGUCCUCAUUGGUGUGGUCUCGUGGGGCCUGGGGUGUGCACGAGGAAACUUCCCAGGAGUGUACACGAGGCUCGCAGACGUAAUCAUUUGGGAUUGGGUCAACAGCCACAUAUCUCAGAAAGUUGAUGCUAACGCGACAACCGCGUGAUCACCAACCCCCUUGCACAUACUACUUGUGAUAACUUUUACCAUGUAGUUUGGCAAUCUGGGUUCGUAGAUCGUCAUGUCAUUAAAUAGAGUACCGGCUGAAACAUUUAUACGAUUCUUUGGAAUCACUAAUUAUAGAUACAACACUAAUUUUGGUGACAUGUUAGUGAGAACAGGGAAGUUUCAGUCGAAGAUGCAUCAAAUAGUAACGAAUGAUCUAUAUAGAAGAAACGUAAUGGUCAAUUAAUCAGCGAAUAAUCUACAUAGAAGAAAUGUAAUGGUCAAUUAACCAGCGAAUAAUCUAUAUAGGAGAAAUGUAACAGUUACGAUACCUCCCACGUAAGUUGUUGUAAGUCAAAAUACCAUUUUUUGCUUUUUAACUUAAAGAAAUAUCCUAUUUUUACUUACAUUAUAGGUUCCAGUGUUAUGUUGACUUUCAAAUGUAGAAACUAUAAUAUACAUAAUCUCAGUACAGUGUUCUAAAAAAACCGACCUCAAAAGUCAUUCAUCACCUAGUUUGUC